GCCUGGGCGGGCGCCCCUCCUCUCCCCACUGGGCAGCCAGUCGGGGGCGGGGCCCAGCCGGAGGCUCCUCCUCCUCCUCCUCCUCCUCCUCGCCCGGUGGACGGCGGCGGCGGCGGCGGCGAGCAGGACUUGGCCCGAACGCCGGUCCCAGGUCACCAUGGCCAGCCUGAGGCGCGGGGUCCGUGUAGCCUCUUCUCUCCGGCCCCUGUUGUCUAGGCGAACGGUCCGAUUUUUCAGCCACGCACCAAGCCAGACGUCGGAAAAGAACGUCCCGUAUCAGAAGACUCUGAAGGAAAGCGGCCCCCAAGGGAAAGGGCCCACCCAGCCACUCCCUGCCUCAGCAGACGUGGUGGUGGUCGGGGGAGGCAGUGUGGGAUGCCAGACUGUCUAUCACCUUGCGAAGAUUGGGGUGACCAACGUCGUCUUACUCGAGAGGGAUCGAUUGACUUCUGGGACCACCUGGCACACAGCAGGUCUCUUGUGGCAGCUGCGCCCCAGCGACGUGGAGGUUGAGCUUUUGGCUCACACCCGUGAUGUGGUCAGCCGGGACUUGGAGCAAGAGACGGGCCUCCACACCGGAUGGAUUCAAAAUGGAGGCCUCUUCAUUGCCUCCAACAAGCAACGGUUGGAUGAAUACAAGCGACUCAUGUCUCUUGGUAAAGUGUAUGGUGUCGAGUCGUAUGUCCUGUCCCCCGGGGAAACCAAGAGCUUGUAUCCCUUGAUGAAUGUGGACGACCUCUACGGCACACUGUAUGUCCCCAAGGACGGCACGAUGGAUCCUGCAGGCACCUGUACCUCCCUUGCCCGGGCAGCCACGGCCCGGGGGGCUCUGAUUAUUGAGAACUGCCCAGUGACUGGUGUUGAGGUUAGAACAGAUGACCUGGGCGUACGGCGGGUGGCAGCUGUGGUGACAAGCCACGGUACUAUCCAGACAUCCUGCAUGGUGAAUUGCGCAGGUGUGUGGGCCCAAGCCCUGGGGAAGAUGGCCGGUGUCAACGUGCCCCUCGUGGCGAUGCAUCAUGCCUACGUCGUGACAGAGAGGAUAGAGGGCAUCCAGAAUAUGCCAAACGUUCGAGAUCACGAUGCAUCGGUGUAUCUGCGUCUCCAAGGCGAUGCCCUUUCUGUGGGUGGAUAUGAGUCAAAUCCAGUCUUCUGGGAGGAGGUACCGGACGAUUUUGCCUUUGGGCUCUUUGACCUGGACUGGGAUGUGUUCACGCAGCACAUCGAAGGUGCAGUCAACCGAGUCCCGGUGCUGGAGAGGACAGGGAUUAAAUCCACCGUCUGCGGUCCAGAAUCCUUCACUGCCGACCACAAGCCUCUCAUGGGAGAAGCGCCGGAGGUCCGAGGCUUUUUCCUGGGCUGCGGUUUCAACAGUGCUGGAAUGAUGCUCGGCGGUGGCUGUGGGAAAGAGCUGGCCCACUGGAUAGUUCACGGACGUCCUGAAAAGGACAUGUAUGGCUAUGACAUCAGGAGGUUCCACCACUCCCUCACCGGAAACAGCCGCUGGCUCCGAGAGCGGAGCCACGAGUCGUAUGCCAAGAACUACUCUGUCGUCUUCCCCUGCGACGAGCCCCUGGCAGGGCGCAACAUGAGGAAGGACCCCCUGCACAAGGAGCUGCUACAGCAAGGCUGCGUCUUUCAGGAGAGACACGGGUGGGAGAGGCCAGGCUGGUUCAAUCCACGGGGCAAGGCACAGGUUUUGGAUUACGACUAUUAUGGGGCAUAUGGCCAUAAACCUCAUGAGGACUAUGCCUAUAACCAGCUGCUGUCGGACGAGUACACUUUUGAUUUCCCCGCCCAUCACAAAGUGAUCAGGAACGAGUGCUUAACCUGCCGAAAUGCGGUGGCUGUGUUCGACAUGUCUUACUUCGGCAAAUUUUACCUUGUUGGCCCCGAGGCCGGGAAGGCAGCCAACUGGCUAUUUACGGCUGAUGUUAGCAAGCCCCCAGGGACGACUGUCUACACGUGCAUGCUGAAUGACCGUGGGGGAGUCGAGAGUGACCUGACCGUCAGCCCAAUUGCACCUGGCAGCCAUGAUUCAGCCUUGGCACCAGCCUUCGAAGGAGAUGGCUACUACCUUGCCAUUGGGGGAGCCGUAGCACAGCAGAACUGGUCACACAUCACCAAGACUCUGCAGGACAAGAAGCUUCAGUGCCAGUUGAUUGACCAGUCAGAAGAACUUGGGAUGAUCAGCAUUCAAGGACCAUCCAGCCGCAGCAUCUUGCAGGAAGUGCUGGAUUCAGAUCUCAGCAAUGAGGCCUUUCCCUUCUCCACCCACAAGCUGGUGAAAGCGGCAGGCUGCAUGGUCCGAGCCAUGAGGCUGUCGUUUGUCGGAGAGAUGGGCUGGGAGCUUCACGUGCCCAGGGAGCACUGCGUGAGGGUCUACCGGUCCGUCAUGAAGGCUGGUGCCAAGUAUGGCAUAACCAACGCUGGCUACAGGGCCAUCGACUCCCUCAGCAUUGAAAAAGGCUACAGACACUGGCAUGCAGACCUUCGGCCUGAUGACACUCCCCUGGAAGCUGGCCUGACCUUUACGUGCAAACUGAAAACUGACAUCCCUUUCCUCGGACGGGAAGCCAUAGAGGCUCAGAAAACAGCUGGCAUAUUCCGCCGCCUGGUCUGCUUCACGGUUGAUGAAAAGGUGCCCAUGUUUGGGCUGGAGGCCAUCUGGAGAAACGGCAAAGUCAUUGGACACAUCCGGAGGGCCGACUUUGGACACGCUAUUAACAAGACCAUUGCGUAUGGAUACAUCUGGAAUCCUGAGGGAGAGCCGGUCACCACAGAGUUUGUGAAAAAGGGUGAAUACUUCCUGGAAAGAAUGGGGGUUCCUUAUCUAGCCAAAGCCCAUAUCAAGUCACCUUUUGACCCAGAGAACAAGAGAGUGAGGGGGAUAUACUGAGAUGAUUGGACACGCAUCUUGACCAUUGAGAAGGGUGGAUGAACUGACUGCAGGCACAGAAGAUUAAAACGGGACAAGCACAGAGAGCCAGCAAGAUCUGCAUGAUGUCCUCUUACUUUAUUCUCAUGUGAGGAUAAGACGACUUGGCAAGUUUCACAAGACCCUGAACUGUAAGAACUUUAAGACAUGCUGGAUCAGGCUAUGGUCCAGCUAGUUUCUGGCAGCAUGUCGACAGGUGCAUUUCUCCAGCAUCCACUGCUCAAAGGUACACUGCUAGGGUGACCAACCUCCAGGUGUUAUAUAUCAAAAUGAGAGCUCAUGGGUUGUAUCAAAAUAAAGGCGCUCCAUGAAUGAAUUACGAACAAAAGCAGAAAGAUGAUAUUGUACAAAACAAUUCAA